UGGUAAAUACUGAAACCCAGGGAUGUUGCAGCUAAUGAAGAUUAAUACAGAACCCGAUUUGGAGGAUUUCAACUACCACUUGGCUAAACCAUCAGACGGAGCAUCUAGAUUUUCUCCUAAACCCCAGCCACUCCCUAUUAUCUGAGUGUCCUUGACCUAGAGGAUUGAGACAUACAUGAGAGUAAUGUUAUGACUCCUAUACUCCUGCUACUUUCUCAUGCAGGGGAUCUUAAGGACUGGACUGGCAGGGUGGGUACCAUUGACCCCUCCAAAUGGAAUAAAUCCUUGAAUUAAUUAACACCAUCAUACAAUAGAUUCUUGGUUGCUUGAUAUCCAGGUCCAUGGGGGACAGAUCUAAACGUCAGGACUGAGGGAGAGCAGGAAGGGAGUGAGGCUCCAGAGGGCUGCCGUGGAUGUUGGAGGACCGCUGCUAGUGCAUAAGGCAAGAAUAAGGAAACCUGAGAGAUUCCACAGUGUUUUCCUACAGGUGGAAACCAAAAUCUCCAUGUGGCAUGAGUCAGGGAUCGCCCUGCUUCAGUCACAGAGGGAUUGCGUAAGGCUGGAUGCUAUAGGCUAAUUAGCAUAUAAAACUCAAUACUUUUGAUGUUCUUAUCCAUAAGAUAGCUGUAUUUCUGUGUUUUUUAUUAUCAACUAUAGUCAUAGUCGUCUUACUAUUGACCCUGGGAGGGGAGGAGAGUCCUCUGUGUCUUUCUCAUAGAGGGCACUGCAUGUUUUUUGAUUAGGCCAGGGGGUCAGACCCAGGUCGUUUGGGUCUGGACAUGACAAGUGGGUCAUGACAGUCCAGUCCAGUGCACAGGACUGGAGUCUCAUGGCUUCUUUCUCCUUCCUCAGCUUUGCCUGCUUAAUGCUUGGACUGUCUGUGAGUGAAAACCCAGAGAAAGACAGCUUCCAACUGAGUUAUUGACAAUGCAGCCACUGGAAUCAGUGACGUUUGAAGAUGUAGCUAUAGACUUCACCCAGGAAGAGUGGGCCCUGCUGGACACAUCCCAGAGAAAGCUGUACAGAGAUGUGAUGCUGGAGAACGUCAGUCAUCUGGUCUCCAUGGGGUAUCAGCAUUGCAAAUCAGACGUGAUUUUCCACUUGGAGCAAGAAGAGCUGUGGAGUGAAGGAACAGGCUUUCUCCAAGGCCAGAGUCCAGGCAGGGAGAGUGGCCUUAAAGAACAAGAAAUGAUAGACACACAGCAUAUCGGCAAGAAGGGCUCAUCUGCAAACACGCCAAUGCAGAAAUCUGACACUCCAGAGGAUCCCUUUGAACGUAAUGAUUUGGGAGAAGAUUUCACUCAUAGCUCCAUGUUGACUCAACAUUCGUUAACUCACAUGGAAAAGAAACCCUGUAUCAGCAAACUGUGUCAAAAAUCCCUUAGUGACCAGUCAUGCUUGAAUCAACAUAAGCAGAUUCUCUCUAGAGGUAAAUCCUGUGAGUGCCAUCUGUGUGGGAAAGCCUUUAGUAACUGCUCUAGCCUUAGACGACAUGAGAUGACUCACACUGGAGAGAAACCGUACGAAUGCCAUAUCUGCGGGAAUGCCUUUAUUCAAAGCUCUGACCUUAGAAAACACAAUCUAACUCACACUGGAGAGAAACCAUAUGAAUGUCACCUCUGUGGGAAAGCCUUCAGUCAGUCGUCUAACCUCAGACAGCAUGAGAGAACGCACACUGGCGAGCAGCCAUAUGAGUGUCAUCUAUGUGGGAAAGCCUUCAGUAAAUGUUCUGCCCUUAGACGACAUGAGAGAACUCACACUGGAGAGAAACCAUAUGAAUGUCAGCUGUGUGGGAAAUCCUUCAGUCAGUGUUCUGCCCUUAGACGACAUGAGGGAACCCACAAUGGAGAGAGAAUCAUGAAUGCCCUCAGUAAAUAUUCUGACCUGAGAUGACAUGGUAUUAUGAUUGUAAUGAAUGUAGAAGAAACAUCAAUCAUAGCUUUAACAUUGAAACACAUCAGAGGACUUACACAUUGAAGAAACACUGUAAUCAAUGUGGAAGAUCCUUCAGUCAUCCUUUCAAUGCUCAAAUUUAUAUGGAAGAGAAUCCAUAUGUGUGAGAAAACCUUCUGUCAGUGGUCUGACCAUAGAUGACUUGAGAGAACUCACACUGUAAAUAUAAGGAAUGUAGAUAUUUUAACCAACAGCCCUAAACUUUAAACACUCUAGAGGACUCACACGGGGAGGACCCCUGGGUCUGUGGUCAGUGUGGGAAUACUCUCGUUUAUAAUUUAUCGUUAAACAACAUGAGCAGACUCCACUUGGGAGAACUCCUAGGUCUAUAAUCAUUGUGAACAAAUAUGCAGCCAAGUACCAGGCAUAGUGAGCACAGGAAAACUCAGUGAAAGAAUAAACACUAAAACAGGAUGUGGGAGGAUGAAGCCUCUUUGGGAAUAUCAACUACUUCAUACUGAAGAGGCAAUUCAAUGAGAAAUCAUGAGAAACCCGUAAUUUGUAGACAAGUGAUUCACUGAGAAAUCAUGAGAAACCCUUUAGUUAUAGAGUGACAUUUAUGGCCCAUGUGAGGAUUCAGAUAUGCCAAACACUCUCAAGGUCCUGAAAGAAGGAAAGUCUUCAGAGAUCACUCAUUUCAUACACAGGUAACAGUGAAGUUCUACACUGAGUGACAGCAAUCCUAAAAUCACAGUGGAGAAAGCUGCAGCUGAAUUUCACAUCAGAAAACAAGUCUAGGAGAAAAGAAAAAGUCUUGCAGAGUCUUUUAGCAUACAGAUAAUACAGAAUUUUGAGAAAAUAUUCAUAGGAAAACUUCGGCAUAUAAAUACAAGAUAGUAAAGCGAUCUGGGAUGACUGAAUACAGAAUUUUGUAAGAAAUUAAUAGAUUAUUACUUGUAAAUAUUUAAACAAUAAACAACAUUGUUGAAAAGUC